ACGAAGUCAACCCGGGGACGGACCUAACAGUCUGAACUCACAACAUACGGAAUCUCUCAUAAACUGCCAGAUUUCGGCGUCUUGUCCGAAAAUCGUCUUUGUUCUGUUUUCUUCUUCUUCUUCUUAGGUGAGGAAGUGAAAACGACGCAAUUAAUAACCGAUUGCUUCUUCACCUACUCUUCUUUCUCUCUCCUCCAACCAUUUGCAUCUCGGAAUAAACUUAAAAAUAAUCCGAAAUAGGGCCUGGAUCUUUGGAUUCUUUGACUUUCUGGGGACAAGCAUACAGCACAACAUGCCAAUUUUCAGGGAAAUCUCUUGAAUUCCCUCGGUUUUCCGUCAGAAAUCCGUGAAACCAGCUUCUGGGUUUUGCUCUGUUGUAGAUUCGGGAAGAUGGGUAACAAGUUUAUCUGCAUGAAGAAGAAAGAUACUAGAGGAGGAGAUGGAUCCAGGAGCAAGAGACUCAAUAGGUCUCAGAGAAAAUUGCUCGCUGAGGAAGAGAUGUUGCACCGACGAGCUCUGUCCAUGGCGAUUCAUCAGGCUCAGCUUUCCCAGAGAUUCGACGGAUCCAUGUCGAGACGGGUCGGGUCCACCAGCUCCAGGAGACGGACGCUCUCUGACCCGUUUUCCAAUGGCAAACAGGUAGAGGAAUUUUUGGAGAGCUUGAAAGUGAAGAACUUUGUACUGGUGCACGGAGAGGGUUUUGGAGCAUGGUGUUGGUACAAAACUAUCGCCUCGUUGGAGGAGUCCGGCCUUUCUGCAACUGCGCUCGACCUCACGGGAUCCGGAUUCAAUUUGAAAGACACAAACAGUGUCCGUACGCUGGAAGAAUAUUCGAAACCUUUGAUCCAGCACCUUGAAAAUCUUCCUGAAGGAGAAAAGGUUAUUCUGGUAGGUCAUAGUACCGGAGGUGCCUGUGUUUCCUACGCCAUGGAGAGAUUUCCCGAGAAAAUCUCGAAGGCGGUAUUCAUUUGCGCAACGAUGGUCUCUGAUGGACAAAGGCCUUUUGAUGCAUUUGCUGAAGAGCUUGGUUCUGCAGAGAGGUUUAUGAAAGAGUCGCAGUUCUUGAUCUACGGCAAUGGCAAAGACAACCCUCCGACAGGUUUCAUGUUCGAGAAGCAACACAUGAAAGGGCUGUAUUUCAAUCAGUCCCCCACCAAGGACAUUGCAUUGGCAAUGGUGUCGAUGCGACCGGUCCCGCUCGGUCCGAUGAUGGAGAAGCUGUCGUUAACGGGGGAAAGGUACGGAAGAGGCCGGAGAUUCUACGUGCAGACGCUGGACGACAGGGCGCUCUCGCCGGACGUGCAAGAGAAGCUGGUGAGGGAGAACCCUCCCGAAGGAGUUUUCAAGAUCAAAGGCAGUGAUCACUCUCCUUUCUUCUCCAAGCCUCAGUCUCUCCACAAGAUUCUCCUCGAGAUCGCUCAGAUUCCUUGAUAAUAAUCAAGGCAAUGUCACUUGCUUCAUUUUAGAUUUUGUUGUAUACGUUUAUAUAUCUAUUUAUUAAUAUAUAUAUAUAUAUAUAUACACA